CACCAGCGUUUACGAUCAGCAGUCGUCCGCAUUUCAGCAAUGGGGCACAUACAACGAUACGAGUAGACUCCGAUACGUUAUGUGUCUUCAACCUGUGCAAGACCUCAUCAGAUUCAUAUAACUGGAUAUUCCAAAUCGGUUUCGGCCAUUUUUGAACACACAUGGUUGGUUUGUAUUGUUGUAGUUCUACAAGCGUGGCACCUGUUUUGAGUAGGACAAUAAGUUAUUGAGAGUAGAGUGUUAAGGGUUAAACCAUCGUUAUUUUUCUAUCGACUUUAGAGAUCAUGAUGUUGUAAGGAUACAGAUGGCCUUUCUAGAAGAGCCCUUUGUGGUCAAUGCCACAUCAAGCCCACUCCCCUCCUGCACCUACAGUGAGGACUUCAAGCGCUACCUGCUCCCGACAGUGUACAGCGUGGUCUUCCUCUUUGGCCUGCCCCUCAACUUCACCGUGAUCCUCCGCAUCUGGAGGUCCCGCAAGGCGCUGACCCGCAACACCGUCUACAUGCUGAACCUGGCCCUGGCCGACUUCCUGUACGUCUGCUCGCUGCCCCUGCUCAUCUACAACUACGCCAGCCAUGACUACUGGCCCUUCGGCGAGCUUGCCUGCAAGUUGGUGCGCUUCCAGUUCUACAGCAACCUGCACGGCAGCAUCAUGUUCCUCACCUGCAUCAGCCUCCAGCGCUACCUGGGCAUCUGCCACCCGCUGGCCACCUGGCACAAGACCGGCGGCAGGAAGUUCGCCUGGGCGGUGUGCGCGGCGGUGUGGGCGGUCGUCCUCGUCCUCUGCGGCCCCACCUUCAUGUUCGCCGCCACGGGGACGCAGCGGAACCGGACGGUGUGCUACGACCUGAGCGAGCCGAAGCGCUCCAAGCAGUACUUCCCCUACGGCAUGGCGCUCACCUGCCUGGGCUUCCUGGUGCCCUUCCUGGCCAUCGUGGCCUGCUACUGCCGCAUGGCGUGGGUUCUGUGCCGGGGCAGGGGCGCGGCCGGGGCGGGGGCGGGGGUCGGAGCGGCGGCGCAGGACAAGAAGGACAAAGCAGUGCGCAUGAUCUUCAUCGUGGUGACGGUGUUCGCCCUCAGCUUCCUCCCCUUCCACCUGACUAAGACCGCGUACCUGCUGGUGCGCACGUUGCCGGGGGCACCGUGUGAGGUGCGCAACGCAUACUCCGUCAUCUACAAGAGCACCAGGCCCUUUGCCAGCAUGAACAGUGUCCUCGACCCCAUCCUCUUCUACUUCACCCAGACCAAGUUUCGCAAGAGCACUAGGACACUGGUGCUCAGGAUCACCACCCUCCGAGACAAGGGUUCAAGAGUGUGACAGAGCCUCUCUGAGGACCA